AGAUAGACGUAACAGAAAGUUGUUCCGGUUUACACCGGAAGUGGUUCACUGUGUUUCUGUAGCUACUGACGAGCUUCUGUCGUUUGUGCGACAGAGUUUUUUUUUUCUUCACGUCGGCGUCGGUUUUUUCCACUAAAAUCAUGAAACUCGUUCGGUUUUUGAUGAAAUUGAGCCACGAGACGGUGACCAUCGAGCUGAAGAACGGUACUCAGGUUCAUGGCACAAUCACAGGUGUGGAUGUGAGUAUGAACACUCACCUGAAAGCCGUGAAGAUGACCCUGAAGAACAGGGAACCCACCCAGCUGGAGAGUCUGAGCAUCCGCGGCAACAACAUCCGCUACUUCAUCCUGCCCGACAGUCUUCCCCUCGACACCCUGCUGGUGGACAUCGAGCCCAAAAUCAAGUCCAAGAAGAGGGAAGCGGUGGCCGGUCGUGGACGAGGCAGAGGUCGAGGACGUGGCAGAGGAAGGGGACGUGGACGAGGCGGGCCGAGAAGAUGAAUCGUUUGUAAUGCUCUGCUUUUUUUUUUUUUCCAGUGUACAGGAUUUUUUUUUUCUUUUUUCAUUUGGAAAUAUUGAUUCAUUUCUUUUGUACAUUAAACUCAGUUUUUUUGGAAACCGUUCUGUUCAGCACUGAUUUGACUGAAGCCUCAUGGUGAUGUGCUUGUGUCUGGGAGAACGUGGCAUGGUUUGACAUUAAAGGAUUAUCGUUCGAUUUGA